UUCUGGCUGAUCAAGUCGGAGCCGGCAGACUACUCGAUCGCUGCACUGCGCGUCGAGGGGCGGACGGUUUGGGACGGCGUUCGGAACCCGACUGCGCGCAAGCACCUCCGCGCGAUGCAGGUCGGUGACCAGUGCCUCUUCUACCACAGCUCGUGCAAACAGAUCGGCGUUGUGGGGCUCGCCACCGUGUGUCGGGCGCAUUACGCCGACCCGGCUGAUCAGGCGUGGGCAGUGGUGGACGUGGAGUACCAGGACACCUACCGCCAGAUCAUCUCGCUGGAUGCCCUCAAGCAGCACAGGGAUGGGGCUCUGGCCGGCAUGGCUCUCUUCAAGAUGUCCCGCCUCUCGGUCCAGCCAGUCUCG